AUGGCUGUCUUCCUCUGGGAUGAGUUCCGGACCAUGGUUACAACCUCCAGCAUAAGAAGAGCCCUUGUCGCCAAAGGUUGGUCUAAAAAGUCUGCGCGGCAACGUGGAAGGGAGCAAAAUGCCGAUCUGCGGGACUAUUAUCUGCACAACCUAUCGGAAUUUCAAUCGUACCACUUGGUAUAUGUUGAUGAUUCUGGAUGUGAUAAACGGGUUGGGUUCAGACGGACAGGUUGGGCACCACUUGGCAAAUCCCCGCUUCAGGUAACACAGUUCCAUCGCGACCAGCGAUAUCAGAUACUGCCCGUGUAUGCCCAAGAUGGGAUCGUCCUCUCGCGUGUCUUCCGCGGCUCUACAGACUCCAGCGUAUUUGAGGGCUUCAUAGCUUAG